GCGGCGCGCAGGGCGGAGAGGCGGCGGCUGCGGGCGCCGGGACCGUCUGUGCGCGGCGCUUCUCGGGAGGCGGCGGCGAGGGGCCGCUGCCUGCCGACCAUGUCGGGCCGGGGGAAGUCCGGCGGCAAGGCGCGGGCAAAGGCCAAGUCGCGCUCGUCGCGGGCCGGGCUGCAGUUCCCCGUGGGUCGGGUUCACCGGCUGCUGAGGAAGGGUAACUACGCGGAGCGGGUGGGCGCCGGGGCGCCGGUGUACCUGGCGGCGGUGCUGGAGUACCUCUCGGCCGAGAUCCUGGAGCUGGCGGGUAACGCGGCCCGCGACAACAAGAAGACGCGCAUCAUCCCGCGGCACCUGCAGCUCGCCAUCCGCAACGACGAGGAGCUCAACAAGCUGCUGGGCGGCGUGACCAUCGCCCAGGGCGGCGUCCUGCCCAACAUCCAGGCCGUCCUGCUGCCCAAGAAGACACAGAGCUCCAAGAAGUGAGCGCUGCCUGUCCCCCACCUCUUCCCCCCCCCCACCCCCCUCACCACUGCCCCACUGUCCUCUCGCGAUGGGGAUUGGGUUCCCCUUCCUGUCCUCCAGCCUGGGCUGGAGGGUGAACCCUGGCAGCACUCCACCGGCCCUCCACUAGUCCCCCCAAGCCUCGGCUGUGGUGGGGUGCUGGGAGAGCAUGGAGGAGGUCAGGCCCCGCUUGUGCCCCCACCCUGCCCCUCUUCCCCCUGGAAGAAGUGUUUUUGGAGGGGGCAGCUGGAUCAUAGCUGUUGGCAGCAGUGGCGGCAUCUGGAGCUGUACGGCCGGGUCACGGUGCAGAGCCCCUGGGUGCUGCCCUGAGGAUUGUUUUGGCUGCCGUGGGGAUGCCCAGGGGCAGCCCUGCCUGCCUCCCCUGGCUGCCAGCCUGGGGCUGUGCAAGGCUCCCCCCGAGCUGGUCCUGCUCGCCCUGGCAUGAGGAUAGGACUCGCUGUUGCUGCUGCCCACUCUCCCCCCCCACCCCCCAGCAAUGCCGUCCCGGCCGCACUGCAGCGGGGAAGACAGAGCGCUGGGAAAUGUGAAAAGGAGGAAAAGUUUCUCCAUUGGCAAGAAGUGACUGUUGUCUUAGUUUUGUUCCUGGUAAAACUAGUGCAUCGCCUACUGUAAAGAAGCUCUGGUCCUAUUUAUUUUAAGGUCUGUUGUUUUGGGGUUGCUCCCUGCAAAGCCUCCCUUCCCGCAACUCCCUGGCUCGGUGGGUGCUGGGGGGGGUCUCACAGGCCGUGGGUCCUGCUGGCGGGGUGGGCUGGAGGCUGCGGUGACGAAUCCCCUCAGAGAGCGUCGCAAGGUCAGGCGCCCGCCGGGAGCGGGAGCUGCCAUCUUCUGCCGUGGCUCCCCUCCUCUCCCCGCUGCAGAAGCCCUUCGUGUCGCUGAGAGCCACCCUCUACCCUGGUUGCACUUCUGGAAAUGACAUGCUGUGUGUCUCUUUUUUUUUUUUUCUUCUUCUUGUUGCUGUUUGUUUGUUCAACACCAUUUCUGGUUCUGAGAAAUAAAGUGAUGAUGAUCUGUGUUAA